UACGAAAUAAAAACUGUAAGUUUUAUUUUUAAAUUCGUAUGUACAAAGAUGUUAAAUUUGUUUGUAUGGUUAUGUGUCAUAUCACUUUUGGGAACUUCAUCGAGUUAUUUAUCGAACAAUGACGAUCCUGUGAUUUACCGUGGAGAUGGUCCUCAUUCUAAUAGCAUAUACUAUGAUAAGUGUGUAUCAAAAGUGACGUGCAAACGAAAUAAAAUUUACAGGACAAUAAAUGGUGAAUGUAAUAACUUGAAGAAUCCUUUGUGGGGAUCGUCUGUGACUCCAUACAUCAGACUUUCUGAAGCUGCUUAUAAUGACGGUAUUUAUGAAGUUCGUAAACAAAUGAAUGGUUCUCUGUUGCCUAGACCUCGUGAAUUACAGAUAGUUAUAUUUUUGCAAAGAGCCAGGAAUAAUAUACCAGAUAAAUACAAUAACAAUUACCAUCUAAGUCAAUUUGGCCAAUGGGCCAAUCAUGAUAUUAGCCUCAUGGAAUCCGAUACAUCAGGGCCAGAAAAGUGUUGUUCCAUUCCGAUUUACAAAAUCAAUAGUAGAAGCCCAUACCAAUGUCAAUUAGCUAUUGAGAUACCUGUGAAUGACCCAGUUCUUGGUCGUUAUGGACAAACUUGUAUGGAGUUUAGACGUGCAAUGACAGUUGCCAAUAAUUUCAAUUGUCCCGUAAUUCCUCAAACCCCGAUGAAUCAGGCGACAUCAUUCUUUGACGCGUCACAAUUGUAUGGACAUAACAAAGAUAAGGCAGAUUCAAUUAGAUCGUUCAAUGGAGGAAGGUUGAAAACAGAUAUCAUAAAUGGGCAAGAGUUUAUUCCUCAAAAGAAAAGAUACGGAUCAUUAUUAUGUGAUGAUCGAGAAAACGUGGGCAUUUGUUUCGAAGCUGGAGAUCCAAGAUUAAAUCAACACUUUGGGCUCACAGCAUAUACAAUAAUGUUUACCAGGUAUCAUAAUAUUGUGGCUGAUAAGUUACAAAAAAUAAAUCCUCAAUGGUCUGAUGAAGUGUUAUAUCAAGAAGCUAGAAAGUUCGUUGGCGCACUAAACCAAAUAAUUGUUUAUCGGGAUUAUUUGCCUAUUUUACUUGGCAAAUCGUUCACAAGACGCGUCGGCUUAGAUCUUAGAAAGAGUAGAAGGACACGGUAUAAUCCUUCGCUCAUGCCACAAUUGACAACAGAAUUCGCAGGUGGUGCUUUUCGAGUGCCACACAAUACAGUGCCUUCGUUAUACAAUUUUGUAAACAAUAAUUAUGAAAUAGUGGAUUCAGUAAGACUUGGCGAAUGGAUGUCAAAACCUGAUCCCUUAGUAGAGGGCUCAAAUUUUGAUGAAAUAGUCAGAGGUAUGACGGUAACACCAGGCCGUAUGUUUACACCUUCGUUUAAUUUUUUAAUAUCAAAUUUCAUGUUCCGAUUUAAUGUCGUUGGCAACACAGAUUUACUGUCAGUGGACAUUCAAAGAGGGCGUGACGUUGGCGUACCAUCGUAUAUUACGAUAAGAAGUUUGUGUAAUUUUAAAAAAGUCAAUUCAUUUGAAGAUUUAUAUACAAUUUUAUCAUAUGAUGACGUCGAAAAACUAAAACAACUAUACGCAUCUGUGUAUGACAUUGAUUUACUCGUGGGAGCUUUACUUGAACGACCAGUUGACGGUGGAACGGUUGGUCCAACUGCACAGUGCAUCAUAGCUGAUGUAUUUUAUCGUAUUAGAUAUGGUGACCGUUACUUUUUUGAUGUGUCCAAUCAAGCAGGAAGUUAUUCAUCAGCACAAUUGAGAACUUUGAGAAACCUCGACCUUGGUCAUGUAUUAUGUGCUACAACUGAAUUGAAUGAAGUUCCAGUUAACGUUUUUAAGACAACUAGAUAUUCGCGCAAAAUAAAAUGCAGAGAUCAUUUAUUGAACUUGGAUCUUAGUGCUUGGAGAGAAUAGUUUUUUAGGUUGCAACACUCUUAUUGUUUAUUAAUGCCUUAAAAUUUAUAAAAUUAUUUAUAUAAAUUACUAAUAAAAUAAAUAAAUACUAA